AUGACCAGAAAGCGAAAGUCAAGGCAACCUACCCCCGAGAGUGGAGACUUAGACAAGCUGCUACAAAGAAAUCAUGCAGAUGCUUCGAGAGGAAUUAGUGGUGAUGUGAAAGCAAAAGCCAAGGAGGAACUGAAGGCAGCUUGCAAGCAUUAUGGGAAGGAACUGAUGGGAGAGGAUAACUUGAAGAUUAUCACGGAAAUGAAAGACAGUGGAGCAACUCAAGAGGCCAUUUCCCAGAAAGUUGAUGAGAUUGUCGAAGAAAUCAGCGAUUCGGAGAAGAAGGCCAAAGCAAAACGUUUCACAGCGGCAUGCAAGAAGAUCUACGGCUCUGCCCGGCGACGUCGAGACCACCAUGAGCACAAUAUUGAGGAAGGCAUGCAAAAGUUCCUAACCUGGAUGACAGAUGACCAGAAAGCGAAAGUCAAGGCAACCUACGAGAGUGGAGAUAGACAAGCCUUCUACAAAGAGAUCAUGCAGAUGUUUGAGGCUUCCAGUGGAGACGUGAAAAUGAAAGCUAAAGAAGAAUUGAAGGCCGCCUGCAAGCAUUACGGGAAGGAACUGAUGGGAGAGGAUAACUUGAAGAUUAUCACGGAAAUGAAAGACAGUGGAGCAACUCAAGAGGCCAUUUCCCAAAAAAAAGUUGAUGAGAUUGUCGAAGAAAUCAGCGAUUCGGAGAAGAAGGCCAAAGCAAAACGUUUCACAGCGGCAUGCAAGAAGAUCUACGGCUCUGCCCGGCGACGUCGGGAGCGGCAGCAUCGAGCAGGCAAAUAUCGAAGAAGGCAUGCAAAAAAAGCGAAAGUCAAGGCAACCUACGAGAGUGGAGAUAGACAAGCCUUCUACAGAGAAAUCAUGCAGAUGUUCGAGGAUUCUACUGGUGAUGUGAAAGCAAAAGCCAAGGAGGAACUGAAGGCAGCUUGCAAGCAUUAUGGGAAGGAACUGAUGGGAGAGGAUAACUUGAAGAUUAUCACGGAAAUGAAAGACAGUGGAGCAACUCAAGAGGCCAUUUCCCAGAAAGUUGAUGAGAUUGUCGAAGAAAUCAGCGAUUCGGAGAAGAAGGCCAAAGCAAAACGUUUCACAGCGGCAUGCAAGAAGAUCUACGGCUCUGCCCGGCGACGUCGAGACCACCAUGAGCACAAUAUCGAGGAGGGCAUGCAAAAGUACCUAUCCUGGUUGACAGAUGACCAGAAGGCGAAAGUCAAAGCAACGUAUGAGAGCGGAGAUCGAGAAGCCUUCUACAAAGAGAUCAUGCAGAUGUUUGAAGCUUCCAGUGGAGACGUGAAAAUGAAAGCUAAAGAGGAGUUGAAGGCAGCCUGCAAGCAUUAUGGAGAAGAUUUGAUGGGAGAGGACAAAAUCAAGAUGAUAACGGAGAUGAAAGACAGUGGAGCAACGAACGAGGCUAUUUUGAAGAAAAUUGAUGAGAUUGCUAGAGCAAAACGUCUCACAAUGGCGUGCAAAAAGAUCUACGCUCCUGCCCGCCGACGUCGGGACCAUCACCACCCUGUCACCCUGGAAGAAGCACUCACCAAGUACCUCACCUGGUUAAGCGACGAUCAGAAGGAAGAACUGAAGUCUCUCAAAGAGAGCGGAGAUAAGGAGGGCAUCUACAAGAAGGUUAUGGAGUACUUUGAAGGUGUCAGUGGAGAAAAGAAGGAGAAGGCCUCUGAAGAACUGCAGUCCGGUUGCAGACACUAUAUCAGGGAGAUUUUGGGAGCUGAGAAAGCUGAUCAGUUCCGUGCCAUGAAGGAAAGCGCGAGAUUGCCAAGAAAAAUUGAAGAAGCCAUCGAAGAGCUAACGGAUGAAGAAGUGAAAUCGAGGGCAAAGAAGGCGUCCGUGGCUUGUAAGCGCAUAUUCGGCGUAGCCCAUCGUUUCAGAAGAGACCAUCACCCUGUCACCUUGGAGGAGGCUCUCACGAAGUACCUCACUUGGCUAAGCGACGAGCAGAAGGAAGAAUUGAAGUCGAUGAAAGAGAGCGGAGAUAAGGAGGGCAUCUACAAGAAAGUCAUGGAAAGGGAUCACCACCCUGUCACUCUGGAAGAAGCUCUCACGAAGUACCUCACCUGGCUGACAGACGAACAAAAGGAAGAACUGAAGUCGAUGAAAGAAAGCGGAGAUAAGGAGGGCAUCUACAAGAAAGUCAUGGAGUACUUCGAAGGCAUCACUGGAGAAAAGAAGGAAAAGGCUACAGAGGAGCUGCGAGCGGCUUGCAAGCACUAUCUCAGAGAAAUUCUGGGAAAUGAGAAAGCUGACGAAUUCCGUUCCAUGAAGGAGAGCGGUACACCUGAGGAGGAAAUCGCCAAAAAAGUCGAGGAAGCUAUUGAGGGACUGACCGACGAAAGCGCGAAGUCGAGAGGAAAGAAGGCGUCAGCAGCCUGCAAGCGCAUAUUUGGCGUAUCCCGCUACCUCACCUGGCUGACAGACGAACAAAAGGAAGAACUGAAGUCGAUGAAAGAAAGCGGAGAUAAGGAGGGCAUCUACAAGAAAGUCAUGGAGUACUUCGAAGGCAUCACUGGAGAAAAGAAGGAAAAGGCUACAGAGGAGCUGCGAGCGGCUUGCAAGCACUAUCUCAGAGAAAUUCUGGGAAAUGAGAAAGCUGACGAAUUCCGUUCCAUGAAGGAGAGCGGUACACCUGAGGAGGAAAUCGCCAAAAAAGUCGAGGAAGCCAUUGAGGGACUGACCGACGAAAGCGCGAAGUCGAGAGGAAAGAAGGCGUCAGCAGCCUGCAAGCGCAUAUUUGGCGUAGCCCGUCGUUUCAGAAGGGACCAUCACCCUGUCACCUUGGAGGAGGCUCUCACCAAGUACCUCACUUGGCUAAGCGACGAGCAGAAGGAAGAAUUGAAGUCGAUGAAAGAGAGCGGAGAUAAGGAGGGCAUCUACAAGAAAGUCAUGGAGUACUUCGAAGGCAUCACUGGAGAAAAGAAGGAAAAGGCUACAGAGGAGCUGCGAGCGGCUUGCAAGCACUAUCUCAGAGAAAUUCUGGGAAAUGAGAAAGCUGACGAAUUCCGUUCCAUGAAGGAGAGCGGUACACCUGAGGAGGAAAUCGCCAAAAAAGUCGAGAAUGGGCGCAUUGAGGGACUGACCGACGAAAGCGCAAAGUCGAGAGGAAAGAAGGCGUCAGCAGCUUGCAAACGCAUAUUUGGCGUAGCCCGUCGUUUCAGAAGAGAUCACCGCGAGCACACACUUGGACAUGCAUUGGAUAAUUAUCUCACAUGGUUAACUGAGGACCAAAAAGAGCAGGUCAAGGAGCUCUAUGAAGAAGGAGGUAGAGGUGCAGUGUAUGAUAGAAUCAUGGAGUACUUUGACGACGCUACCGGAGAGACAAAGAAGAAGGCAGCGAUGGAGCUGAAAGGGGCAUGUAGGCAUUACGUGAAGGAUCUCAUCGGAGAGAAGAAUGGAGAGGUUAUCAGAGAUAUGAAAGAGAACGGAGCCUCAAAUGAUGAAAUUGCCACGAAAGUCGAGGAAAUGAUUGAAGCCAUCGCUGACGAUAAGAAGAAGGCUCAAGCGCUUCGGGCUUCUGCCAACUGUCGGAAAAUCUAUGGCGUGGCUCGGCGCUUCAGAAGAGGCCACAAAGAGGACUCUAUCGACGACAUUAUCGAUAAAUACCUGAAAUCUUGGCUGGAUGAUGAUCAGAAGGAGGAGGUGAAGAAGCUCCAUGAAGCCGGGGACCACGAAGGCAUGUACAGCAAAGUGAUGGGACUUUAUGACAGUACUACUGGGGAUUUAAAGGAGAAAGCUACUGCUGGAAUGCAGGCGGCUUGUAGGUACUACAUGAGAGUUCUAAUUGGGGAUGAGAAAGCUGAUGAAUUGAAAGAGAUGAAGGAGAGUGGAGCAAGUCACAGCACUAUCGCUGCCAAUUUGGAGGAAUUCAUCGCUUCCAUGACCGACGAGGGGACGAAUCGAAGAAAACCAAAGCGAAACGACUCGCAGAUACUUGUAAGAGGAUUUUCGGUAAGGGACCAACAGCACGAGCAGAGUCUGGAAGAAGCCAUGGAGAAGUACCUAAGCUGGAUGAAUGAGGAUCAGAAGAAGGAGAUAGACAGGCUGUAUGAUUCCGGGGAUAAGCAAACGAUGUAUAAGAAGGUGAUGGAGUUCUACGACAGCGCUUCUGGAGACGUGAAGGAAAAGGCAACGACAUUACUAGGUGAGGAGAAAGCUGAUGAGCUGAAGAAGUUGAAGGAGAGCGGAGCCAGCCACGACGCCAUCGCCGCCAAAGUUGAAGAAUUCAUCGCUGCCAUCACUGAUGAGAAGAAAAAAGCCCAAGCAGAGCGAGUUUCAGUGGCCUGCAAGAAGGUCUACGGUGUAGCUAGACGCUUCAAGAGGGAUCACGAACACAGCUGGGAGGAGGCGAAGGAGAAAUACCUCACCUGGCUCGAUGAGGAUCAAAUGGAGGAAGUAAAGAAGCUUCACGAUUCAGGAGACAAGGAAGCAAUAGACCGUGAGAGGAGAAAGGCCACGUUAGCGAAUGGGCAGCCCUGCAAGCACUACGUGAAGGAUACUAUUGGCGAGGAAAAUGCUGAGAAGCUGAAGGAAAUGAAAGAAGGCGGUGCCACCCCCGAAGCGAUCGCUGCAAAAGUUGAAGAAUUCAUUGCAGCCAUCACUGAUGCAGGAAAAGAAAGCGAAGGCAGAGCGAGCUGCAAUGGCUUGCAAGAAAUCUAUGGAGUAGCUCGACGAUUCAGAAGGGAGCACCACGAGCACAAUCUCGAGGAAGCCAUGGAAAAAUACUUGUCAUGGCUCCGUGACGACCAGAAAGCUGAAGUGAAGAAGAUCUAUGCAACCGGUGAUCGUGUGGCUGUCGAGAAGAAAGUCCUGGAGAUGUUUGAGGAUGCCACCGGCGAUGUCAAAGGGCAGAAAGCUGCAGCCCAGAUGAGAGCCGCUUGCAAGCACUACAUCAAAGAGUACAUCGGUGAUGAGAACGUUGCCAAGAUCAAGCAGAUGAGGGACAGCGGAGCUACCAACGAAGAGCUCUCCGCCAAAAUUGAUGAAUUACGGGGCGAUAACUGA